AUGUUUUGGUCCAAGAAGCAGCGCAACGAGAAAGCCCUAUUCAAGGCCGUCGACGAAGGGCGCUUGGCCGACGUGCGCUCGUCUCUCGAGAGCGGCGUCAACGUCCACGCCACGGACAAGACCGGCUGGACGCCACUGACCAAUGCAGCUCUCCAUGGGCAUUUGGACAUUGUCUCCUUCUUGCUCGACAAUGGCGCCACGUGCACGACGCCAAACGAUCGCGAGACGACACCACUGCACGCUGCAGUGAGCGCGGGCCAUAUGAGCGUCGUCCGUGUCUUGCUCGAGAAAGGCGCUGCUGUCAACGCACUCAAUUCGAGCGGUGCCACCGCCUUGCACUCCGUUGCUGAGAGCGGCGGGGUGCGGAUUCUGCGCCUCUUGCUGGCCCACGGCGCUGCCGUCGACUCUCGCGACCGCGACGACGCGACACCCUUGCUACUUGCCUCGAAAUACAAUCAUGAAGAGGUCGUGUCGAUUCUCUUGGCGCACGGCGCCAAUGCCGACGUCAACGACAGGUUCAACGAAACACCAGCCACGUACGCGCAGAAGAAGGGCCACGUCCGCAUCGCUCGCAUACUGCGCACGCACAACGACACGCUACUGUUUGUCCAAGCGCUGCGUGCCACGCGUGUUGAAGACGCGGCCACGCUCCUUCGGCAAGGUAUGGUCCAUGUUGACCACCGGGAUCCGGACGGGACGCCUUUGCUUCAUACUGUUGUGAUGGCGCAGAACCCCCCUCUUCUUGAAACGAUGCUUGAGAAACCAAAACUCGAGAUCGACGCCAUUGAUGCGAAGGGUCGCACCGCCCUCGCCGUGGCCACGGGCAACACAAAAAUGACGCUCGCGCUGCGUCAGGCAGGCGCGUCCUUCGACCGCUUGAGCAAGAGCACCCAAGAUGCGCAAACACGCCAUUUGGAAGCCGAUCUGCGGCAUCACGCAUCAAUCAACGACGACGAUAUGGUAACGACGCUCCUGCGUCACGGUGUGAGCCCUGCGUCGACAAACGAGAAAGGUGAGACGGCGCUGCACCUCGCCGCUGCGCACGGCCACACGUUGGUGGUCUUGACAUUGUUCCACAACGACAAGUCGCUGUCUCGUCGGUGCGACCAGGAUGGCAACACGGCGUUGCACGUCGCGGCAGCCCACGGGCACAAGACCACUGUCGCGAUGAUGCUCAAAUACAUCGCGGACGUUAGCUGCAUUUCCGCUGCCAACCACGCAGGAGAGUCGCCGCGCGCCGUUGCUGCGGCAAGAGGCCAUCAUGAGGUUGUCGACGUACUGACGCAAGCCGCCGCGAGCGCCGACCCCGUGAUCACGGGCGCCUCGCUGCCGGUCGCCGCUGCCACUCUAGCCGGCGAGACGACGGACCUCAACCCCGUCCGUCCGCUCAGCAGCGGCGCAGAGGUGACCAAGAAGAUGGAACCAACGCCACUGCAAGUAGCGCCUGCCCCCGGUCAAGUGAGCGCCGUCAAGAACGUGGCGACGACCAGAACCAGGACCAAUCUCGCUGCUAGAACAGCGACAAACAAGACACCGCGUGCGACAGAGAAUCGCGUCAUCACCACUUCGCGAAAGGCCGAGUCCCAGGACAAGAAACCCUGUGCUACCAAGCUCGUCGACGCCGUGUGCACCCACGACUCUUACGCUGUGAUGGCUCUCUUAGCCGACGACGGCAACCCCAAUACUGUGAACGAGGAUGGCGACUCGCUUCUGCAUCUCGCCGUGCACUACAACAGCCACAAGGUGCUCGAUGCGCUGUUGCGAGCUCGGCACAUCAAGGUGGACGCUCGCAACGCGGCUGGUAUGACGCCGAUGCUGUUGGCCAUCCAAAUGGGCCACCGACGGCUGGCGGCGAUGCUGCAGACAGCGACACACAGUGUCAUUCCGGACGUGUCGGCGACCGAGAUCGAGAUGGACUUUUCUAGUCCAUUGGGUGUUGGUGGCUAUGGCGCCGUGUACAAGGGGACCUACCAAGGCCAGACGGUCGCGGUCAAGACCGCUGCCAACGCGUCUUGCAUCCAAGCACUCAUCUACGAGAUGGAGACUAUGCAGCUGUGCAACUCCCCGUACGUGCUCCAACUGCUCGCUGUCUCGGGCGCCCGCUCAUCGAGCCCCAAGCUCAUUCUCGAGUUCAUGGACGGUGGUGAUCUGCGCAGCUACCUCGACGCCAAGCGACUCGGUCAACCCACCAAGGUUACUAUCUCGGCCUUGGAGGUGGCAUGGGUGCUUGCGAAUGCCCUCGCCGAUCUGCACCACACCGGUCUCCUUCACCGGGACCUCAAGAGCCACAAUGUCCUCCUCUCCUCGACCAACUACAUCAAGCUCGCCGACCUCGGGAUCGCUCGCGAGUAUGAGUCCAACAUGACGACGGGCAAGGGCACACCGUACUGGACUGCGCCUGAAGUGCUCACGUCGGGCAGCAACUACAGCUUUGCGGCUGAUAUCUACGCGUUUGGCGUCAUUUUGACCGAGCUGGACACGCUCCAGCUGCCAUUUGCGGACGUCAAGGACCUCGGGUACUGGGGGAUCAUGGACCAAGUGCGUCUCGGUACGCUCCGUCCGACGGUGAGCGCGACUUGCCCACGUUGGCUGCGUCACCUCGUCGACGCCUGUUUGUCGUUCGACCCGACGCAGCGUCCGUCGGCGCAGAUGCUCGUGACAUUUCUUCAAAAACUGCUCGGUCGCAGCGACGAAGCGAUGGCGAGUGAGCCAGAGACCAAGUCUUCCAUCGACCUGUCGAGUGGCACAACAUCGGCGCCCCAACGUCUCGAAGAGAAGGUACCAAGUCGCACCCGCUCGACCCUCGGCAGCGGCUCGGCGGCAACGACGUCCUCCAGUGUAUCUGGAACGUCGACCGGCACGACGGUGACUUCAACACCACAAUUCACUCUUACCCUGGCUGUCAUCAUGCUUGUAGACGUACUCGUCAUGGUCCAACUCGAUGCUGGUGAGUACGCGCGUCGUAUGUCAGCUCUGCCGCGCCUCCAACUCGUUGCUCGAGUCGCACUGUGAGGCCUGCGCCGGGUCGUUAGCUCCCGUGGCUUCCAAGCUCAAGGUCCUUCUCAAGCGUCUUGCGGUCGCCAAGAAGAACGGAUUUGAGAUCGACACCGGUCUCGUCUGCGUCUGCUGCGACACCCACCACAACAUGACGACCACGAUCUGUGACGAGUGCGACGACGAGCUUCCGGACGACCAAGAGAAAUUGCGCAUCCUCGUACUGCGCAUCGAGCAAGCGUCCAAGGCGUAAACCCCGCGCUCCUUUGCUGGAUGCCUUGACAAUAGUGGAAUUUGUCGCUGGAGUCCUAUUUCCGCCCAGUACACAUUUUGUUUUCUUUGAAUAUAUACGACAGCAAGACCAACAUAAAGCGUUGAAUGAGGC